AUGCAUUUGAAAGUUCAGUUUCACAAUGCAUGUGGACACAGUUCUUCUUUUGGUCAUUGCUAUGGAGAUAUCCAAGUAAGUAACAUGAACACAUCUUAUCAUGAAAUUACUUCUUAUGCUGCAUAUUCGAUUGACUUUCCAACAGGAACAGGAAUUAUUAAUUUCACAACAGCAUCAAAUACUUCUUCUACAGAAAUUGCUGGAAUUUACAAUUCUGAAGGUGAAUAUAGUAUUACAAAAAGUAAUUAUUUAAACAAUGAAUAUACAGGAAGUGAUUUUGCAAUAAUUUGGUGUACCUCUUCAACUAAAUAUUCAAGUUGUUCAUUCAUAGGAAAUAAAGGAAUCUAUUUAUUUUUUCCAGAACCAAAAUCCGUUUAUAGUUGUUUCUUUAAUAAUAAUAAUGUCAUUCGAGCUAUAAAUAAUUAUCCUGAUACAUUUGAUUCAGUUGAACAAUUAGAUUCUUUUAUAUCUCAUUAUUCAACAUAUUAUUGUAUUGCUGCAAAAACAGAAGAAAAUAAAGUUGAUUCAUAUAAAAAAUAUCAAAAAGAAAAAUUAAAACUGAAAAAUAUCAAAAUUAUUGUCAAGAAAGUUUAUAAAACACCAUUUGUUAGAGCAGUAACUCUAUCUGUUUUAAAAUAA